AUGGGCUCCAUCUGGAAUCACAGCUAUUUCAGAAAUGACACGGACUCCUCUGAAGAUCAGUCUUUUUCUUUGUUUGAUGUCCAUAUUUUGGUGCCCGUGACUAUAAUUUCCAUCAUCCUGUUUUUCUUGGGAGUCUCUGGGAAUUUGAUAACGAUAGUCAUUUUCAGACGCUCGCAGGAGAUGAGGACGACCGUGAACAUGUACCUGUCCAGCAUGGCGCUGUCGGACACGCUGAUUUUCCUUGGCCUGCCUUCGGACCUCUACCGCCUUUGGAAGUACAAGCCCUACAUAUUUGGGGAUUUUCUCUGCAAGUUCUUCAUUUACCUGAGCGAAACGUGCACGUACUGCACCAUCCUGCACAUCACCACGGUGAGCGUGGAGAGGUACUUCGCCAUCUGCUUUCCCCUGAAAGCCAAAGCGACCAUCACCGAGUACCGGGUGAAACGGGUCAUCCUGGCGCUGUGGGGCUGCUCCCUCCUGACCGCCGGCCCCAUCCUCUUCCUCUUCGGGGUGGAACACCCCAACGGCAGCCUGCCCCAGGAGAGCCGGGAGUGCAGGUCCAUUGAGCGCGUGGCCCGCACCGGGCUGCUCGAGACGAUGACCUGGGUCUCCACCGUUUAUUUCUUCCUGCCAAUGCUCUGCUUGACUCUGCUGUACGGACUCAUCUGCAGAAAGCUCUGGCGGAGCGGGCAGCGGCUGCCGGCCUGCCAGGCUGCGGGCAGGAAAAGGUCCCACACGCAGACUGUCAAAAUGCUGGGUAAGAGCGGUUUAGAAACCCAAUCUGAAGAGCUGCCCUCUUUAAUCACUCCCACGGGCGAAAUCAUCCUGUACGACCUCACGCAGUACUUCAACCUCAUCGCCAUGCUCCUCUUCUAUCUCGGGGCUUCUAUAAACCCCAUACUUUACAACGUCAUGUCACACAAAUACAGGAAAGCGAUGAGCAGAAUCCUGCACCACAAGGGAACUCGGCGCUGCAGGAGCCUGACCAGGAGUGAAAAGGUUUCUCUGGAAGACGACACAAAUGACUGCUCCUGA